AUGCAGAGCUCCUCUUUGCUCUCGGCGCUGUGGGUUCAAGCUUGUCUGUGUGUGGUGAGUCCUGACAGGCGAUCACAGGGAGAGGGCACGCCGCUGCUGCGUUACCUUCAUCCUGAGGCAAAGGAUCAUGGGAGGAGCAGAGGGAUCAUGGAAUCAGCAGCGGGGAAAGAAGUUGAUCUGCUGCAGCUGCUGGACAUGCAGUCGGCCUCUCAUUACAAUGUCUCAGCAACAGACGAUGGGGGAGGAUGUCCAGCCUAUCAGAUUGGACAAUAUUCCACACUCGUCCUGCCAACGGCUUCAGUCUUUGGACCCGUGUUUCCUGCUGCUGCUCUGUGGGACGGCCUGUGGCACAGGCUCUCCCUGGCCUUCUCUCUGUCCACACUCAGCUUGUACCUGGACUGCAGUCGGCAGGAGAGCACCUCCUGGCGUCACGGCUUGGGACCGCGGAUCAGCACUUUGGGCCUGACGCUGCUGGGAGGAGCUCCCAGUCCUCACCACACACCGUUUACAGGAACCAUCCAGCAGAUGAGCUUUGUCCUGGGAGAUCCUGCAGCAGCCGAGCAGGACUGUCAACAUUACAACAACACAUGUUCAACACUGACUGACACACAGGAGGUAACAGCAGCAGAUGAGGUGACUUCUCAUCCUGGCAUCAGAGAAUCAUCCAGACCAGACGGUUCCCCACAGGACACAACUCUGAAGGCCGGACUCCCUGCGCUGACAGGAAGACUGAAUCCAGAGAGCAGCACCUCCGCUCUGAAGACACACACUGCUCAGACUGGUGCAGAAACUCAGACUACAGGCUCAACCAAAGGAGAAGAAGCUAAGACUAUAGGUGAGGAGACAGUUCUAGGUGGAGCUAAGGAGCUGCAGACAUCACAAAUAUCAUGGACAAUGAAGGAGACACAGAGAACAGAAGGGAGUUUGACAGUUGCUUCUGUCCGCACAGCUCACACUGCUCAAGUUCAUCUACCAUCGGGUGCAGCAACAGAGGGCUUCACAAGCAAUGAUGCAUCUGUGGUGCAGCGAGUGGAGACUUCUAUUUCAAGCCCAAACAUCCAACCUGAGAACCCAACAGCUCCAGGUGACACUUCACCAUCGGCAGGGGGAGCGACAGAAGCUGCAGAGAGACGUUUCUCUGAGGGGACUCAUGAGUUUGUCAUCACUCUGAUCUCAGGCUCCACCACAGAAUCAGGGUUUGAUGCUUCAAGUGUGGACGCUUCACCUGACGGAGGAACAAAGGAGGCCAAACAGGAUACUUCACCAGCCAUGAUUACACCUCCAGCUUCUGUAGUCACUCAUCCCUCCCUGAAGGUUGUCGCAGCAGCAGAAGAAGACACAUCAGUGGAGGGUGAGGGACUACAGGGUCCACCUGGACUAACAGGGCCAUCAGGACCUAAAGGAGAUAAAGGAUAUCAAGGUGUUAUGGGCAGGACCGGCCGGACAGGAUACAGAGGCCCCAUUGGUCCUCCAGGGAUGCCUGCCAUUGUUGUAUUCAAAACCUCUGAGGAAGGAUGGGUGGCUUUCAAGAAAAAGAAGAUCUACAAAAAGCUGGUGUCUUCCUGGCCAGUAGGUGUUUGUGUUAAAGAACAAAUGGUGUUGAAGUUCCUGAAAAAGUUAAAGGGCGUAUGGGGCCUCCUGGACCUCUUGGAGAUGCCGGACCAAUUGGGCCGCCUGGAAUUACUGGGAAACAAGGACGAAGAGGAGCUCAAGGGACAACGGGUAGUCCAGGGCCACGGGGUCUGCCGGGGCCCCAGGGCCGACCCGGAAGAGAGGGGACCCCAGGAGAGGACGCUGACCCGGGCCCUCCAGGCUUACCUGGAGAACAGAUGUGAAUGUCACUUGGCGCAGUUGUUGCAGCUUGAUAAAUAUAUUGUGUGCCUGUCCUACCAGGGUCCCAUUGGCUACAGAGGAGAGGAAGGCAGUAAAGGGGAGCUGGGUGAGUGGGGUUAUGAAGGAGAGGCUGGACCACAAGGAGACAGAGGACGAACCGGAGACAAGGGAAAUAAUGGAGUCAGAGGCUUUGUCGGGCUCCCUGGCUACAUAGGAAUGCCCGGAGCCAGGGGUCCUCCUGGUUUUCCAGGACCAUCAGGAACUCUAGGAGCGAUUGGAGCUCAAGGAUUCAGUGGACCACCAGGCCCACCUGGAAUAAUUGGCUCCGGAGGACUGAAAGGUGUUUUAGGAGUGAAAGGACCUCCGGGAGAACCAGGUCCUGAGGGCACAGUUGGAUUUCCAGGUGUUCGUGGUCCUCAGGGGAAUCCAGGACCAGCUGGACCAGUGGGUCCUAAAGGAGACCCUGGUGAUCUGGGAGAUGAAGGAGAUAUAGGAGAACCUGGACCACCUGGACUUAACGCAGCCAAUGGGAAUCCAGGAAAGCCUGGACCCUCAGGUGAUCCCGGGGAUAAAUCCAAGCGAGGUGACAAGGGCGAUUUAGGGUUUCAGGGAGACAGAGGGCCUCCAGGGCCUCCAGGUAGACAGGGAUCAAAGGGCCGUCGAGGCCCAUUGGGGUUAGAGGGACUUGAAGGACCAACAGGGCCAUCAGGACCUCCUGGUUCCAGCGGGUUUGAUGGCAUCAUGGGGGAGCAAGGAAAGCAGGGAAAAGAUGGUCCAAAGGGAGAUCGAGGGCCAACUGGUAUUCAAGGAGCUGCUGGGCCUCGAGGUGACAAGGGUUUUCAAGGUCAUUUGGGAAACAGAGGACAGGAUGGACCUCAUGGAGUCCUGGGCCUCAUUGGUGCAAAUGGAAUGAAUGGCGACCCAGGAACACCAGGCCCAAAGGGUGAAGCUGGCAGUAGUGGAUUGGAGGGAACACCAGGAAAACCAGGAGACAGAGGUAAUAAAGGUAAAGUAGGCCUCAGUGGACUUCCAGCGGAUGAAGGACUAAAGGGUAAGAGAGGCGAGGAAGGACCAAAUGGAAAACCAGGCCCCCCAGGUGAGAUGGGCAUGUCUGGACCACGAGGAUACAGAGGAGCUCCUGGUAUUCAGGGCAACAUAGGACCGUGGGGUGAGAUUGGGCCACGUGGCCUCCCAGGUGACCAAGGGCCACAAGGUCCUGUGGGUCCUCAAGGAGUUACAGGUUACUCAGGAUCUGCGGGGGCUUUGGGGCAAGAGGGAGUUGCUGGUCUCGAUGGUGAGGAGGGUGAUAAGGGGGACAAUGGACCUCUUGGAGAGAAAGGGCCGAAGGGAGCUAAUGGGGACACUGGCAAUCAAGGGCUAAAUGGAACAAAGGGUAUGCCAGGAAAACAGGGAUACAUGGGAGCGCAGGGACUCAGAGGAAAACAGGGGGUUCUUGGUCUCAAGGGUGAUCCAGGCCUCAAAGGCCCAUCAGGCAUGCCUGGACGGUUUGGACUGGGGGGCAACACUGGGACGACAGGAGGCAAAGGCCAGAAGGGGCUCCAGGGACCAGCUGGUUUACCAGGCAACAGGGGCUUUGAUGGCAAAACUGGAGGACCGGGGAUAAAGGGCAGUCACGGUGAAAAGGGCAAACUCGGUCUUCCAGGCGUCACAGGAGACAUGGGCAUAGGAGGUGAAAUGGGUGCAAAAGGAGAACCUGGAGCACGAGGCACCGCUGGGGAUCUUGGGAAGAUCGGGUUCAUCGGCUCUGCUGGUGCGAAAGGUCGACUUGGACCUGCUGGUCCUCGUGGAAUUCCAGGAGCUAAAGGAAAUCAAGGGCCAAAGGGAAAAAGGCCCCAACCUGGAAGGAAAGGGAAUAAAGGGACCCCUGGGAAAACUGGAGCUGAUGGAGACGCGGGGAGAACAGGACCUGCGGGAACACCUGGAAAACCAGCAAGUAUCCCUUCUGACAGAUACUGUUCAAUAAAUACCUUUAAAUAUACUGAAAAUCCAUUACUGGUAAACCACAGCUCAUCUCAAGGCUUGAGUGGACUGGACGGGUUACUGGGGGUUGAGGGUAAUGAAGGAUAUACGGGAGGCGUGGGUUUCAGAGGCGCUCCUGGAGCACCUGGCUGGUCCGGCAAGAUGGGAAACCCGGGGCCUCUUGGGAUCAGGGGAAACACUGGAGCAGGAGGGUUUAAGGGUAAAACUGGACAAAAAGGAGCACGUGGACCUCCUGGACCAAUUGGGCCAAAGGGUAUUCAAGGACUGAGAGGAGAGAAGGGGGAAUCUAGAAGUCUUGGUACCAAGGGUCUCCCAGGAGAAACAGGGAUAUUGGGACCGAUUGGUCCCCCGGGGCUGAAGGGGAAUCCCGGUUUGCAAGGGCUCAAAGGACAAAUAGGUCGUAAAGGAAAACAGGGAAGCACUGGUCCUCAUGGUCCACCUGGCCUAAGAGGCUUCCAUGGACUUCUUGGCAAGCAUGGCAAAAAGGGAGUGAAAGGUCUCCAAGGCAGGAGAGGACAUAAGGGACUGACAGGAACGCCUGGACCUCCAGGGAAACCAGGAGCUCCAGGCAAACAUGGUUUGACACAAAGAGGACGAUCAAAGCCAAGACCAGGUCAAAGAAAUGAGCCCAAAACAACAACAAGAACAAGAUCAAAGCUGACAAGCUCCAGACAAACACCCAAACACCUGAAUGAAAAGGGAGGACAACAAAAAAGGCCCAGGCUGGGGAACACGAGAUUGCCUCGAAGUGAUGAGGCAGAGAAAUCCUUCAUUUGGCCCCUGGGAACACAGGACGACCCCGGUACCACCUGCCAUGAGCUGGGACUCAUACACCCACAUCUGACUGAUGGUUACUUUUACAUGGACCCCAACCAGGGCUGUGUCUGUGAUGCUGUGAAGGUUUCCUGUAACUUCACAGCAGGGGGAACAACCUGUAUAGACCCUUUACAGUCACAGGAGCACGUGGUUGUGAGGGUUCAGGGCAGCACUGAGCUGCAUCGAGGAGAUAUGGAGUUGCUUCCUCUCAGAGAUCUGGGUAUAGCGAUGACGGAACCGACUGCCCUCGCCCCUGAGAUCACUGUGAUCAUGGGACCCCUCUGCUUCCUGUGA